GUCCAGCCCACCGCAUGACGUAAAGCCCAGUCUGAAAGUGCAAUGGCGAUAUUGGACAAUAACAGCCAUCGCGUUGGGGGACCACAUCUGUAUUAUGUGGCUAACAUUGAAGAAAACACCUCGAGCCGGCUGCGACACCACAUAUAAUAACGGCAGAGCCCACGAGCGGGAAUCUGCGAGCGGGGAAGGGGAUUUCACAGCCUGCGCGCGGGAUGACAGUUUAGACUAAAACCGCUGGUGUGACGUGUAAACAGACGCCAUGGCCACACAGGAGCCGUCCCCUCCGUCGUCCAUGGAGAGCAAUAAACCCGGCUUCCCCAAGAAGAUCCUGGGCAACAAGCUGGAGGACAAGCACCUGUGCAACUGCUGCCACAACAUCCUCAGACGGCCAUUUCAAGCCCAGUGUGGACAUCGCUUCUGCUCCUACUGCUUCAACAGGACCGUGAGUAAUGGACCCCAGAAAUGCAACGCUUGCAUUAAAGAAGAUAUUUUUGAGGAGCCGACAUCAGUUUUGAAGCAAGGAUGUGCAUUUCCUGACAAUGCCGUUCGAAGGGAAGUUGAAAGCCUGUCUGCGGUUUGUAUCAAUGAGGACUGUACUUGGGAAGGAACUAUUAAAGAGUAUGAGCUGAAUCACGAGGGGAAGUGCGAGUUCAUGAUCAUCCCCUGCCCCUCCUGCAAAGAACGAAUCCGCUUCAAUGAACAGGAGCGCCACAACGAGCGGGAGUGCCCGGAGAGGACGCUCAACUGCAAGUACUGCAAGGAGCCAUUUCACUUCAAAAACAUCAAGGCUCAUGACGAAAUCUGCCCCAAGUAUCCGAUGAUCUGUGAAGGUUGUGCCAAGAAGAAAAUACCCAGAGAGAAGUAUGUGGACCAUAUUAAACUCUGCACUAAAUUCCGAACUCCAUGUCGAUUUCAUGUCGUUGGAUGUGACAUGUCUGUGGAGAAAGAGAAGAUUCAUGACCAUGAACGCGCUUACGCCUACGAGCACCUUAACCUGCUCCUGCACUACAUUAUGGGUAUGAAGGUGAGCAUGGAGGGCCUGCAGCCCCAGGGACUGGAAGUAGCCGGACACAAACUGUUAGAACUCCAACAAUCCCUCAGGGAACUCGAGGCCAGAGUCUCCCAGCUCAGCACCACCUCUUCUGGGCCUCCCGUGCAGGGAGCUGCCGCUUCCUCCUCUUCUUCCUCCACCUGCAGUGCCGGCCUGCCCGGCCCGCCCGCAUCAGCUCCUCUUCCUCCACCUCCCACUCUUCCUCCAACGCUCUCCGUGUCUACCUCGUUCACACCCCUGCCCAGCUCGGUGGGCGCAGCGCUGGAGCUCCAGCUCCACAGCGAGAAGACCAAGGUGGCCGAGCUUGGCCGCAGAUGCACGGAACUCGAGGUCAAGGCGGGGACGUUUGAAAAUGUGGUGUGCGUUCUUAACAGGGAGGUGGAGAGGUUUGCCACAACCAUGGAGGCCAGCAACCGGCAGCAUAAACUGGACCAAGACAAGAUCGAAGCUCUUAGUAAUAAGGUGCGACAGCUGGAGAGAACAGUUGGACUGAAGGACCUCACGGUGGUGGAGAUGGAGGGCCGACUGAGGGAAAUGUCCGCCACCACCUUUGAUGGCGUCUUCAUCUGGAGGAUCUCAGACUUUGCCAAAAAACGACAAGAUGCCAUUGCAGGUCGGGCUCCUGCCAUGUUCUCACCAGCUUUCUAUACUAGCAAGUACGGCUAUAAGAUGUGCCUGAGGAUCUAUCUGAAUGGGGACGGGACGGGGCGUGGCAGCCACCUGUCCCUGUUCUUUGUGGUGAUGAGGGGACUGAACGACGCUCUGCUCAAAUGGCCGUUCAACCAGAAGGUAACACUGAUGCUACUGGACCAGAGCAAUAGGGAGCACAUCAUCGACGCCUUUCGACCCGAUGUCACUUCUUCUUCCUUUCAACGACCCGUGAGCGAGAUGAACAUCGCCAGCGGCUGCCCGCUCUUCUGCCCGCUCUCCAAGCUGGAUGGAAAGAACUCGUACAUUCGCGACGACACAAUAUUCAUCAAAGCCAUCGUGGACCUCACCGGCCUCUAGGCGUCUCCAUGUCGACGGUUAUGAUGACCAGGCAGCUCCCUGACCAAUCAAGGCUUCUGUUUCUUUUGGCCAGCUGUGGUCCCGUCAGGGCUCUGUGCGGGGCACGGUACUGUCCCUCGCUGCUCCCAGGAGAAGGACGUGCUUGCGGCCGUAUGCCGCGCGUAGCUGCUCAGUCCAGACGGCGCUGGCAUUGUCAUACCAGGUGGUAUCUGUGCGAGAGCCAUCGUCAUUGAUGUACACUUGUUUUCUUUCAACAUCUUCCCCAACAGGGAGAGCAUCCUUUCUUUUUUAGGAUUCCUGGUUGAGCAGCAGCGUGGCUCAGUAAUCCACGGCGUUGGAAGAGGGAGGCACAUUGUAGUGGCGUGACAAGGAUGAAUAUUUUUAAUCUUCUCAGCUUGUUGGCUUUCAGCUUGUGAAAGAUUGUCUUAGAACAGGAUUGUAGAUUACUAAUAGUUUGUGUGGUUAUUCCGAUAAAGCUGGCGUGACAUAGAGGUAGGGCUUCUUCUUUUUCUUAAAGAAGAAGGUCAUCAUGGAUAUCGUGAGCUUGCUUGUGUUGAGUGAAUUUACAUAGACAAAACGUGGAGUUACGUUACGAAUAAGAUAACCGUCUUCUUAGUGUUUCUUUUGGAUUUUCUCAGCAAACUGCAUGCCGCCGGAGAUUUAUUUAUUUAUAAUUUUAUUAAACGAACGACUCUUUUUUCUCAACCUAGCUUUGCCAAAGUUAGUCAUUAAAACCCAUCGGUGAUUUAGCUAUCCGUGAUGGUGGACAUUGCCUGCAUGCCUUCAGAGCCAGGCUGUUUUUUUUUUUGUUGUUGUUGUUUUUUUUAAACAUGUAGAGUUUUUGCGUGUUCGUUGCUGUUUAGGGUUCGGUGGUUUGGUACAUCUGUGGAAGAUACAGCGGAGUUACCAUGGAGUCAGGGCAGCUUGCCAGUCAAGCCUGAGGCAUAACGCUUGCAUGGAGUUCUCCUGCAGGAUUUGCUCACUCGCUCACAACUCAACACAUAGUACUGUGCCCCACCACGGACUGAGGUGAACGCAGAUUCACGGGAGUUGAGGAAUUGUUCGUCUGUGCUCAUAGUUUCCCGUGCAUCCCGUACAGCGUUUCUGCUGCUCUGAGACAGAAUGCCGACGUGAAACUUUUAUGUCAGUGCAAAUAAACUGCAAGAGAUUGUAAAGCGUUGUUGUAGAUCUUGAGAUCGUCUUUGACGAUAUUUACUGCCGAAUUGAUGUUUUACGCCAAUAAAUCUUAACGGCACUUUCCCCGUUUUUGCGGUAACACACAUUCGACAUUAUACCUGCUUACGCUAUCAUUUUAUUCUUCCCCCACACCCUCGAUUCUUCCACUAGAGGUCGCUGUUGUCAUGUGUUUCGCAUGCUGAGGUGUUAGGGUUCAUGCUGGCCUGUUUGGAAACCAGUUUUGACCUGUAUUGAAACCUCUCUGUGCAUGGGAGGCUUCAAUUCAUUUUUGCUAUGGAACUUCGAGCCGGUUGACUCUGUGAGCCGCGCGCGGAAACCUUUAUUUGUAUUUGUUUGGAUGAGGAUACGUGAACAUAGAAUAGUUAUUAUGUUAUAUCCGGCACUGCUCCACACAGGCAGAGGCCUAUAUUCAUAGUAAUGUAUAAAUAUGUAUCUUUCAUAUCAUAAUGUUGAAAUAAUCUAUAUAUUGAUGUUAAUAUACACAAGAUGUUAUAAUAAACAUAGUAUUACUCAAUACCUUAUUAAUUCUAUAUCUAUAGAGCAACUCUUUUUUUUUCGUUUGAUGGUUUGAACAGGCCAGGACAACCUUUUUGUGGAGUGAGGAUUUGUAGAGUGCAAUAUAUGAUUACAUCCGUUAACCAGCUUAGCUAAAAGGGUUUAAACAGGUCACAAUUACUUGUUGGUUUUUGUUUACAUUAGUCAUUUUCGGAGCUGACGAGUCGCGACCAGUUUUGAACCUUCUAAGGAAAUGUGGUGCUUUUCUGACCAUGAAACACACAAUUUCAUCAAUAUGAGACUCUUUAGUAACUUGUUGUUCGUGAAACUAGCUAGCUAGCUCCUAGCUAGCAAGGAGAACCAUUUAGCUGUUCGAAUUUGUUAUGAAAUACAUCAAGUUUUUGUUCACAACUUUAAAACCUUUUUAAUAAAGUCUUAAGAAUGUAAAAAGUCCGAUUUACAUUCACUUUUUAAACUUUGAGUGUGCUUGUACCGUGCCAAACUCUAAUAUUACCUCUAUAUGCUAAAAGUGUUACACUGCAAGAUUUAUUUUAUGUUCUAUGCUAAAAUAUGGUGCCAAAUAUGUUUCUAUACGAGUUUGGAUUUUUUUUAAUUAUUAUUAUUAUUAUUUAUUUAAAUGCGUAUGGGUGUUUUGGCAAGCAUGUGACUUUCUUUUGACAUGAUGCAUGGGGCCAUUACUAGUAGAAAUAAUUAUUUCAUACCCAUAAAUUGGUCCUCAUAUAGCAGAGGUUUGUGAAUGUAAGCUUUAAUUCUGCAUUUUUCUUUCUUAAGUUGUUCUGUCAUGUGAUGCAACUGACCAGAACCAACUUUAUUUGUGCACUUUCUACCAUUUGUCUAAGCAGGGUAUAUAUUUUGUUGAGUGAUUUAUGUACCUUGAACUCAGAGCCAUAUAUACAUAUAUAUAUAUAUUCUGAUGUUGAUUGAUGUGUCAUGCUAAAACAGCUCUUGCAGUCUGUAAUAAAGUUUGUUGGUUUUUGCCA